AUGUACUCAGUCUGGACACGUGCAAAUGCCGUGUUUUCUGUGCGACGUUUGGAUCUUGUGAAGAUUCAUUCGUUGCGUAAUUACCGUGAUAAGGCGGAUCGUGCUACACUUUCAUUCGACUUGGACGCUGAUCUAAGCUCUGUGUUUAACUGGAAUGUUAAGCAGCUAUUCGUGUACGUGGUAGCUGAGUUUAAGAGCACAACCAAUUCUCGCAAUGAGGUUGUGAUCUGGGACAAGAUCGUACAGACGAAGGAAGCUGCAAGUCAAUUGCAAUUUCAAGAUGAGGAAGUGAAAUACUUUCUAGCUGACCAGUAUAACGAGCUGCGCGGUGCCAACGUGACGCUAAGACUUGAGUGGGACAUUAUGCCUGUGUGCGGUCGUCUCUUUGUGCAAUCGAGCAACACCACGGUCAGCUUUAACCUGCCAAACAAGUACCAGGGCAAGGCUGCUAAGGCUGGUGGCCGCUUCUAG